AGGAAGUUGAAUUGUGGGUAAUACACCAACAUCAUGGCAGCGACCAUAUGUCCGAUGUUGCAUCGUGUCCGGUGUUUUCUUGUUUACAAACAAUGCUUGCAUUUACGAUACAGCAUUGGAAGAGAUUAUAGUUGCCGAUCCAGAUCCUUAUACCAUAAUAAACCAACAAUCUCACAUUACUCUAGUUUUCGACCUUUCCAUCCACUUGGCGAAUAUACAGGAAGUAAACGACUGCUUGUUCUGGGCCUGGAAACAAGUUGUGAUGACACGGGGGCCGCCGUGGUCGACAACCUGGGCCACGUUUGGGGUGAAGCCCUUCACUCACAAACUAGUACUCAUAUCGAGCUUGGAGGAAUAAUUCCUCCAAUUGCUCAAAAACUUCAUCAGCAACAUAUUGCAGGUGUUGUGGAGAAGGCUUUUGAAGAAGCAAAUGUUACCUUGGAGGAUGUGGAUGCUAUUGCUGUUACAGUUAAACCCGGACUCUCACUGUCACUGGCUGUUGGGCUGCAGUAUGCUAAAGAAUUGGCAAAAGAAUAUCGUAAACCCAUUAUACCAAUUCACCAUAUGGAAGCACAUGCCCUCACUGUCCGCAUGAAGCAGCCGGUGAAUUUCCCUUUCCUGGUGCUUUUAGCCAGUGGAGGCCACUGCCUGCUUGCUGUUUCUAAGUCUGUGAAUGAGUUUGCUUUGUUAGGCACCACCAUGGACAAUGCUCCCGGUGACGUUUUUGACAAAGUUGCUCGUUCAUUAAAACUGAAAAACCUUCCACAGUGCUACGAUUUGAGUGGAGGUGCAUCAGUUGAACUUGUAGCUAAGAAUGGACAGCCCCAUGCUUUUGAAUUUCCUCAGGUCAUGUUGCAGUCACCUGACUGCAACUUUUCAUUUAGUGGAUUUAAUUCAAUGGCACAUCGAUAUAUCAGUUUGGCUGAGAAAGAUCAAAAUAUCAAAGGAGAUGCUAUUAUAUCCAAUGCAGCCGAUCUCUGUGCCUCAUUCCAGUUGGGUGUCUUGAAACACUUAGCUAAAAGAGUCCAGCGAGCUCUGCUGUUUUCGGAAAUUACUGGACUUCUAGGAAAAGAAAAAACAUUGGUUGUGUCCGGAGGAGUGGCCUGUAAUCAAUUCUUAAUCAACAAUUUACGAAAAGUCUGUGAAGAAUAUAAUUGUUCUCUUUACUGUCCUCCUCCAAAACUUUGCACUGAUAAUGGUAUUAUGGUUGCUUGGAAUGGUAUUGAAAAGUUGGCCCGGGGAAUUGGUAUUGCUAAAGAUCUUGAGCAGAUUGAAAUUCAAGCAAAGAGUCCUUUAGGUGAAAAUCUGACUGAGGAAGUUUCAAAAGUUAAAUUGAAGCUAGAAAGAUUAAAAUUUGAUGUAUAAAAUGGCUGUUUGCUCUUCUAGAGAGAGAUUUUCCAUGCUUCCCUGCCAUCAGUUGUUCUUGAUUAGCGUCGAUACCCUGCUUUUGUUAAAUGAAAACUUGCUAUCAAGUGUGAAGUUGGAGGACUGCAAUAUUCCAAGUUUGUCAUCAGAAACAUUAUCUUGAACUAUCAAAGAACAAUAAUGUUCAUAUGACUUUUUUUGGGGGUGGGUGAAGCUAUGACUUUGCCCUGUAUAUUUUUACAACUUUUUUUUUAUAAUUUAUUAAAAGGUAUUUUGUAUUUA